AUGGCAGUUUCUUUGCUGUAUAAAUUAAACAAGGGAAGCACUACCAGCAAGUCCAUCAAAAAAACAAAGAAACAUGAGAAGACCACCAAGUCGAAAUUAAAAAAUAAGGAUACUGGUUCGAAACACACCCAGGGCGCCAGUUCAUUGGAUAACAAAAACAUAUCGCUGGAUUCCACAUUUCUAGAAAAGGUAGUAAAUACGUUCAAAAACAGAGAAGCCGAAGAUGAUUCCAGAAAACACGACUUGCUAGAGGACUUAUCCAGAAAAUACGUUUUUUUACAGUUUAAGUUGUCGAAAUUGCCGCCAGAGGCGCACGUUAAGCCCCUGCAAAUUACACUGAAACAUCCGAUAUACGCGGGAAAGGAUGUGUGUGUGUUUGUGAAGGACCCGCAGAAAACGUGGAAGGAGGUGUUAUUUGGACUUAAAAUGCCGGAGAUAAAGAAGGUAAUCGGAGUUAGUAAGCUGCGCAAGAAGUUCAAGACGCACGAAGACAGGAAGGCGCUGUGCAACAGCUUUGACCUGUUUCUGUGCGAUAAGUCGGUAGUGCCGUCGUUGCCGUCACUGCUGGGCUCACACUUCAUAGAAAAGAAAAAAUUGCCCAUAGGAGUGGCCUUUACAAAGAAUAAGUUGAAGGAGGCUCUCCUGAGAGCACUGAACGCGACAUAUUAUAAGCUCUCGCAAGGGUCCUGCGUAUCGGUCAAGGUCGCAACCACGUCAAUGUCAACACAACACAUCGUUGAGAACAUUGAGGACACACUCGAGUCAGUAAAGAAGUUUCACAUGAAUGACGAGGUCUUCAAAAAUCAUAUUUGCUCAGUGUUUUUAAACUGGGGAGGCUCAGAAUCGUUGCCGUUGUACUCAGAGGACGUGUUGGAAGCUAACAGAAUAAAUGAAGCAGCAAAGUAG